AUUUGAUUCUGGUUCCUAAAAUAUUUGAAGGACCUAAACAUAAAUUCAGAGUUCCCCUUACCCACCAUUUAUCAGAGUGAGUUCCAAUAAUCUCUUCUUCCCUUUUCUCAUCAGCUUUCAACCAUCAAGAAUAGCGGCAAUGGCGACGUCUCUUCGUCAAGUCCUUUUCAUCUCUCUUCUACUCCAAUCCAUCAUCUUCAUCAAAGUCAGAAGCGAUGAUGAUGAUGAGGAAAAGAGCCUUUUUCAAGGCAUUAACAGUUACAGGGCAACGCUAAACUUGACGCACCUAACCGAGAGUGAGAAUGCAAAAUGCCUUGCUGAGGAAAUAGCAGAUGAAUUUAAAGAUCAACUGUGUACUAAUACCACAGGUCCCAACACUAUUCCUGGCACUGAGCCUAAUUUUCACAACUAUCCAGAUAGUCUUAAAAAGUGCAAAUUGAAUGUUUCCACAACAAGAGAUGGAGCCAUAUUACCUGCAUGUGUUCAUCAUCUUGACGCUAGUCUUGUUCUCUCAAACUACACUUUCUCAAGUUACUCGGCAAACCUGAAUGAUACUAGAUUUACGGGUAUGGGGAUUGGUUCAGAAAAAGAUUGGAUAGUUGUUGUCUUGACAACUGGCACACCAGAGGGAAACUUUGCAUCUGAUGAAAGUGAUGAUACUAGUUCAGCCACACUUGUUUUAAAGAAGGUUGGUCUUUUGAUCUCCCACACACUUGCAAUUAUGACACUUCUGGUGUUGUUUACCAGCAGUUGAAUCUUCACUCUUAUUUCAUCACACUUUUAAGUAUUAGCUAAUCUACUGAGGGUAUCCCAAAAAAAGGUGAACAAAAUUUGAACCAUUUUUUUAGAGUCAUGAAUCAUGAUAAUCUUCUCUUGGAGAGUGGUUAUAUCUGUACUUCGCUUGUUUGUGAGCAAAUUGUGAUUGGUUCUGUAAAUUGUUCAGUGUAUACAUAAAACACAAAAGGGCACAUUGCUCUCAUGCACCAACAUCUAAGUAGGUUUUGGUUU